AUGUUACUCUGUCAUAUUGUUCCAUCAUUAGUGAAGUUGCGGAAGGAGGGAUUGGAUGGUCACGAGAAGAUUAAGAGUUGUACAUGGUGGAUUUCACUUGGCUUUGCAAUACUAGAAGCUACUAUAGGUUCUAGCUAUUCUCUUCCUUAUUCAAUUUAUGCAGCCAGUUACAGGGUUAAGAAUGUGAUGGUGACUGCUUUACUUUUGGUUUGUGGAGCAAUGACUAUGACAUGGAUCUGCAGUGCCGUGAGUUGGUGGCCGUACAUGUUUGUUGUAUUAGGUGUUUUUACUGUUGUCACCAUGUGGGCAGUUAUUGUAACUGAGGGUUGCAGGAAAAUAAAGCUGCAGUACUAUGAGUUUAAACUAGCAUCUGCUGCAAGGGAAGAUUCCCCGAUCACUGAAGUAGAACCUUAUAUUCCUUUUAAUAUUAAUCCAUCAGGAAUGCAGCCUCUUCUCACUGCCACUUAUUUAUUGGCUUUUCCAAGUAUUGUUGCAAGUAUCCUUGGUUCACCAUUUUGGGAGCAUGUUAAGGAGAUAUUGAACCCUACAACAUUUGUUGGCGCAGAGCCAUGGGCCAACAUGCGGAGGGAAAUUGCAGAUUACCUGAAUAAGAUGGGUGCCAGGAUACCAAAUAUAAAGCCAGGGAAGGCUACUAUUGAAUAUCUCUCAAGGGUUCAGGCAUCAACACGUUUUUGGGGAGGGCUACUUUUAAGUAUUUUGGCAACUACAUCAACCAUACUUGAUCAUUACUUGAGACGUAUCAAUGAGGGAUUUGCAAUCGGAUUUACCUCAAUUUUAAUAAUUGUGGGUUCCAUAAUCGAGCUAAGAAGAUCAUACCAAGCAUACAAUGUCAUGCCAAGUUUAAGCAAAGCACUGAGGCUGACCACUUUCAACAAGAUAACAUUAAUAAACUUUGUCCUAGACAGUUGGAGAGUGAGAUUAAUGGCUAUCGACAAACAAUUCGACCGUGUAAAAGCGACGCCGAUUGCUGAGAUAUUUUGUGUGCUGGACAAGGCGGUGUACCUGCGCUUUGCGUCGUCGGCGUUUGUGACUGCGGCUAACCGGAAAACAAAUAUUCCGGUGACUUUGAUUUCAAAGAGUUGUGUCCAUGACUGUGUUAUUCAAUAA